UGGUAACGGACAACAAGGUGGCAAGGAUAAUUAUUCAACAGCCUCCGAUGCUAGUAGACCAGAAGACGUUCUGCAGGAUUUUUGUCAGCAGUGGGCACGGGCGAAACUGGAGCACCUCGCCGAGGAAUUUUCCAAGGAUUUACAACUUCUCGAGCACGACAAGAUGACGGACAAACAGCGAAAGAAAGUUCUCCACGUCGAACAGGAGUACGGAUUCCACCGCAAGGAGGUCCAGAAGCGCGGCAGUUUGCGGUGGGUGCUGUACUGCUUUCCCGAGCAGUCGGACCGCGGCUUUCGCAACACCAGUACGGGAUCAAAGUUUGCGUUUGGCCCGUCCGCGCAGCGCGACCUGGACCACUUGCCACCGGAGCUGCAGCACUUCGCCCAGGAGCACGGACUGCUGAUCGAUGGGGAAACCCGGGAAGUGCAGUGGCUCUACAACGAGAC